AUGAACAUUUACAUGAGCGCGUUGUUUUGGAAACGUACGAGGCAAGGAAACGUCGUCGGGUUGCGACCAAGACGCUCUGGAUGGUGGCCGGCGCCGAUGGUGUGGGUGCUGUGCGGUGAUGUUGGCGGGUGCGCAGCGUACGCGGCCAAUUCGCCGCCACAAUCGAUGAACGGACUGGCCGGUCGGGCACGUCGACGGUGCGUAGACGAGCCGAGUCGCCGAGUGACGGAGGGGCGAGGGAGCCGCCGACUGCACUCGGCGUGCGCGUGCCCCGCCCGCAGCUCCGCCCAGACGGCCAGAUGGCCACUGGCCGACGCUACGGCGGUACUCCUCGGUCGGACAUGUCUGCGUGCUGGUCUGUCUCACGGACAGAAGCCGAUAGCUGGACGCCAAGGAGUAUUGGAAGUGCGUCAGUGGUCAUAG